GGGCGAUUAAGCUGCUCUUUUGUCCACAAGUGGCAACCAUUCAAUUGUUCACCAAGACCAUUGUCCUACCAUCGGCCACUGCGACCAUGAACAAAACCAUUGAUAACUUGGUCCCCUUCCAUUACUUUCUCUCUCCUCUUUCUCUUUCUUUUUCUCCAUCUUUUUCGAUUUCGACGUCGCUGGUCGGCUCUAUCUAUAACGUCCAAUGACCACACGUUUCCCUUCUCCUCCUCCAAACUAUAACCACAGCAAUGCAAGCCAUGCGAACCUGUCUUCAUUUGAACCGCACGCAAAUUCAAACACAAGUGCUAGCACUAUCCAUCUUCACGAUCCCAACUCCCAACCUAAUCCACGAGCUCUCACACCUUACCUUACUCUGCCUCAUCUCCUCUCAUUGACAUGGCUGGCGUCACCUGUCAUAUCGCUUCUUUUCGUCGCUUUCCGCUUAGUUAACACGACAGAAUCUGCUCAAGACGCCGUGAAAGAUGCAAAGUCCUCCCUCAUGGCAAGUUGUCUCGCUGCACAAGAAGCUGCCAGUGCUGCCGCCAGUAUACCGAGGUAUAUGGCUAUUGCUACUAAUGAAGGCAUUGUAAAUGUCGUGAAUGCAAGUAUCGACGCGUCAAGGGAAACGAUGAUACUCUGCCUAACGAUCGUGGAGGCUAUUAUCGAGUUCAUUAUUGAUAUGUACCGGAGCACGUUCCUCUGUUUCCUCGAACUUGUUAUUCGUGGUGGUCUCGCUAUCCUCAUCGGAGCUGUGCAGCAAAUAUCCGACUUUGUGACAAACUCUCUUAGUACCAUCCGAACGUCUAUCCAAAAUGAUGUUGCGACCGCCAACAAUGUCAUUGCUGCCGCUGUGGCUGCCAUCAACAAGGUGGCCAAUUUGGUCAACGUUAAUCUGAAUGUACCCCAAUUCAAUAUCCCAAGUCUGAAUGCAUUGAACAACUUCACUAUCCCUACGGGCUUUGAGGAUUCAUUGAUCAAGCUCAAUAAUUCAUUGCCAACUUUGGACGGCUUAAGGGAAAGGCUCGAUUCGAUCAUCGAGAAGCCAUUCGAUAUUGUCAAGGCCGAUAUUAAUGACACCUUCGCCUCCAUUCGCUUCAACGGCAGUGUCCUCACUCUUCCGCAGCAACGCGCCCUCUCGUUCUGCGGCUCAAUGGACACAGGCGUUGUUGACGAUCUAGGCCACGACCUUAGUCGCAUAGCACGUAUAGUUGCCGCCCUCCUUGUUGUGGCAGUUAUCUGCGUCAUCGGAGCAAAUUGCUUCCUGCAGUGGUGGAGAUGGAGAUCGACACAGAAGCAUCUUGAAUACAUCCGAGACGCGUGGCGUGCCGAUCCGACGGCCGUACAUCAGCAUAAUACCGUUCACAAUGUUCGAGACAAUAACGACGGUGUCCCUGCUUUCAACAUGACGGAUCAUAACCUCAUGAUUCUCAUCAAUACCUCCGAACAUCCUCUCAUCUCAAAGCUCCUCGAUCGAAUGACGACCGUGUUCAGGUUAACACCCUCUCAACAUAUCAACCUUCGUUUUUUUGCCUCCUACGUCUUCCACCCACCGGCACUAGCAUGCCUCCUGAUAGGUCUCUUCGGUCUCAUCGCAGUUCAGAUCCAACUGGCAGCCGUCGGUCCUCUCCAGGCACACUACACAUCUAGACUUAAUUCCUCCAUAUCCGACUUCUCCACCUCAAUCGCAACGCAACUCAAUUCGGGGAUGACCAACUCAAGUACGGAGUACGCGAACAAUGUCAAUAGCCAAGUUUUCGUUGUUCAGAAGACGAUUAACGAUAAUUUGUUUGGAUGGGUUAAUACGACGACCGUAGCGUUGAACGAUACUGUUGUUGGAUUUUAUCAGGAGAUACAAAACGCUAUUAAUGCAACGUUGGGCGGGACUAUUUUGGAGGGACCUGCGCAAGAAUUCUUGAGAUGUAUGCUCGGGACGAAGAUUCAGAGCAUUGAGGAUGCUUUGACAUUUUUGCAUAAUAAUCUGCAGGUUAAUAUUACCCCUGUACCGACGGACGUCCUGAUACUGAGCAACGGUACAAUGGACGAAAUGACGCGUCCUAUCGCUCUCGCAGCCAUAGGGGGUGGCGCUCCGGGCAACUCUACUUCCACUCCAGACAAUGACGGGUCAACUCAUGGUCUCGUUGGAAAAGUGAUCACCCGAUACAUCGCCGCUCUCAAGAAGGAACGUAUCAUGUUCGCUGUAUUCCUCCUCUUGUGGCUCCUCGUCGCCUUGAUUGCUUUGUUUAUUAUCGCAUGGCACUCGUACGGUGCUGAAUGGGUCGAGGAGCGGAAGAGGGAGAAGUUCCGGAGGGAGAAGGGGAAGGAAAUUACGCCUUGGUAUAAUCGAAAUCAUACUCCAGAUGGCGAAAGGGGAGCAGAGGCGGGUUCACCCGAGGUGAUUAGGAGUAUGGCCAAUGAGGCUCCUUCAGACAGAAGAACGAUCGGGUUGUUCCCUUCUGAUAUCCCUGAUUCGAACGAAAGGAGGUUUAGAGGAGAUGAUGAGGUUAAGACACCCAUGAGCGAGGUUGAUCUUAGGACGUUCACACCUCUGGCCAGUCCUAGAUCGAGACGGUCCCGUCUCGUCAUAGCGAAUCCGACGAAUAACGAUUCGCUUGCUAUUCCUGUCGUGAAGAAGGAAGCAGAAGGCAUUUAUACGAGCCAGUGGGAUUGGGACGAAGACGAUAGUGAGAGAAAGAGGGGACGAUGGAGUAUUUGGAAGACAUUCGGAACUAAGCUGAGGAAUGAUACGAGGAGGGCGGACAGGAUGAUGGAUCCUCUUGGUUAUCGGCUUCGAGAAUCUGCUCGCAGCUCGUCCCGAACAGGAUGCCUCCGGGACGAGUGGCGGUUGGCUUAGUAGACUCGCCUUUUGGCGUUCCCAACCUGUUGAUGAUAACGAGUCAUUAACAGACAAUAGUUACGAACGGCACAAUGCUUUAAAUGCGUCAAAUUUUAUUCCUACAACUCCAAUCCAGGCUUCGGCCCCUGCAUCAGUUCCUAAUGUUGUCCGCCCAUCACCUGUUCCCAUCCACUCUCAGAAUCCCUCCUUCACACUCGCUGCCCCUCCACCCCCACGUCGAGCUCAACAGGACGUCCCAGGAUCCGUCGGUUCCACUGGAGACCUCCCGGGGGCAUAUGCAGUUGCAAACAACACUGAACAUGAAGAUCACGAACGUGAAAAUCGAGUCUCUGUUAACCCUGCUGUACCGAUUCACUAUCAUUUCGUCUCUCAGCGUCAGAACUCCGUCUCU